CAUCACUUGAAUACUUUCAUCUUUCCUCAACAAUCACUUCUCUCUCCAAAAUCGAUCUCUGAAAAUUUCCUUCAAAUCUCUCGAAAUUUUCAUCAACAAUGGCUGGUAGAGGCAAAAACAUCGGUUCCAGCGCUCCAAAGAAAGCCACAUCAAGGAGCAACAAAGCCGGUCUCCAGUUCCCCGUUGGCCGUAUCGCUCGUUUCCUCAAGGCCGGAAAAUACGCCGAACGUGUCGGUGCCGGUGCUCCUGUUUACCUCGCCGCUGUUCUUGAAUAUCUCGCUGCUGAGGUUUUGGAGUUGGCUGGAAAUGCUGCUAGGGACAACAAGAAAACAAGAAUUGUGCCAAGGCAUAUUCAAUUGGCUGUACGGAAUGAUGAAGAAUUGAGCAAGCUUCUUGGUGAUGUUACCAUUGCUAAUGGUGGUGUUAUGCCCAAUAUUCACAACCUGUUGCUUCCAAAGAAAGCUGGUUCUUCCUCUAAGGCUGCUGCUGAGGAUGAAUGAAUGACUGAAAUCUUAGAUGAAACUGAUUUUGCAGAUGGGGUUAACAAAUUUAGUUUCGUUUUUUGUAUCCGGGUUUAGUUUAAGAGGUUGAUGAUUAAGAUUUUUAGCUAUGUUAGUGAUUCUGUUAGUUAUGUGAAUACAUUGAUUUUCAUAUUGUUGGUUUCGAUGAGAUUGGUGAAAAUUUAUAAAAUUGACCCCUUUUAUUCUUCAUGA